AUGCUGCAACUAUGUGAAAUAAUUCAAACUACUUUUCCUAGAGCUACAGUUAUUUUUUUGCUGCUUUAUACUGGUUUGGUAAUCUGCUUUAAAGUCGACAACAUAAAUAUUGCCGUUAGAGCGGUUAUAACAUCAGUAUUAAUAUCCUUCUCGGUUUAUGCGUAUUUUCAAGUAAUUAAAACUGGUGCAGGUAGUCCAGCAGAUUAUGAAAUACUUCACUUGAAAAGCUUGGAGGCUGCUGAGAGAGGUACUGAAUUUCCGCCUGAAAUUUUAACGAAGAAUUCAAUCACGUUACAAAAUAAUGGACGCUAUCGUUAUUGUUCCUCAUGUUUAGUGUGGAAACCAGAUCGUUGUCAUCACUGUUCCUCAUGUAAUAAAUGUUUCUUGAAGAGGGACCAUCAUUGCCCAUGGUUUGCUUCUUGCAUUGGGUAUAACAAUCAGAAAAUAUUCUUACAGUUCUUAAUAUACGUGACAUUAUACUCUGCAUGGGGCUUUGUGGCUUCUGGCUCUCAUUUGCUUGGUUGGUUUAAGAAUAACCAUUAUGAGAAUGAAUACCUAGAUCUACAGUUGUUGCUAGUGUGGUUACUAUCGGUUGGGAUUUUUAUUUCUAUAACUGCAUUCACCAGCUUUACUGUUUACCAGAUAACUAUUAAUCAGACGACGAACGAAAGAUUUAAGCUGGAACGCCAACAGAGAGAUUUUGAAAUUUAUAAUAGCAGCCUUAAUCGACGGUCAACGAUGUUGAAGAAUCCAUUUGAUUUAGGAUCCUGUAAGGCAAAUUGGGCUACAGUAAUGGGAAAUACUUGGUGGAAAUGGUUAUUGCCAGUUGGCGUUCAGCGAUCAAACGAGAGCGGAGAUCCAUGGGAGGGAAAGGGACUUUUCUUUAAGGUAAAUGCAAACGUAAACGACAGUCUUCAAGAAAGCAUGCUUCUGCAGGAUCAACUAAUGAAAAGAGUAACAAGACGCAGGGCUUCUUCUGACGUUAAGGCUCCAAUUUUGACUCCGACUCUCGAUGAUCUCGUUUAA